GGGAAUUUACUAGUAUAAAAUGAAACGUGGAUGAUGGACGGAGCAACUCCUAAGCAGCAAGUCGUCAAUGGCUUUCCCAAGAGCACUGCUUGUAUAAAUAUUUAUUAUAUUAUAUAUAAUAAUCGUAAAAUGGUGAUGAAAUUGAAUUGUAGAGUAGUUUAUGCUUGUUCCCAAUUUAGCACCUCUGCGGUUGCGAUUGCACCCGCUCUACUCCCUCACAAACAAAUGCCAUGGGCUUCUUCUUCUUCUUCUUCUUCUUCUUGCAUCAUCCAAGACAAGGACCUUCUCUGUAGGAGUUUGCAUCCUUCAGGAACUGGCCUUCACGUUUUGGACCUCCUCGAUCGGGGUUCUCUGGAACCCCACCCAACUCUCUACCAUCUCUUGCUCAAAAAAUGCACGCGCUUGAGAAAGCUCAAACUAGGCAAAAUCGUUCAUGCCCACUUUCUCGACUCCAUCUUCCGACAUGAUCUAGUCAUCCUCAACACCAUCCUUAACCUGUAUGGCAAAUGUGGCUGCUUGGACGAUGCCCGCAAGUUGUUCGACGAAAUGCCUCUAAAAGACAUGGUUACUUGGACUACCUUGAUCACUGCCUAUUCUCAGCGUGAUCGCCCUUUCCAUGCUCUCCUUUUGUUUCCUCACAUGCUUUCCCUGGGUUUCUUUCCCAAUCAGUUCACCUUGUCUAGCCUUUUAAAGGCUUCCGCUGCCUUCACUAACACACCCCACAUCCACUCCCACGGUACCCAACUUCAUGCUUUUUGUUUCAAGUGUGGUUUCCAGUCCAACGUUUACGUGGGCAGCUCCCUUUUGGACAUGUAUGCUCGCUGUGGUUGCAUGGAUGAGGCCCACCUCGUCUUUGAUGCCCUACAUACCAAGAACGAUGUCUCAUGGAAUGCUUUGAUUGCUGGCUAUGCUAGGAAGGGCCAAGCUGACCAUGCACUUUGGCUCUUUUGGAAGAUGCUUAGGCAAGAAUUUCAACCCAGUCAUUUCACCUUUUCCAGCAUUUUUGGUGCCUGUGCCUCCACGGGAUGUCUGGAACAAGGCAAAUGGGUUCAUGCUCAUGUGAUCAAAUCCGGUGGAGAGAUCGUUGCUUUUAUGGGGAAUACCCUUCUCCACAUGUAUGCAAAAUCUGGUAGCAUCGAAGAUGCUAAAAGGAUUUUCGAUAGGUUGGUACAACGUGACGUGGUUUCUUGGAAUUCCAUGCUUACUGCAUAUGCCCAGCAUGGGCUUGGCAAGGAAGCGGUGCAAUGGUUUCAAGAAAUGCUGAGGACUGGAGUUGUGCCUAAUGACAUAACAUUUCUGUGCCUUCUUACUGCUUGUAGUCGUGCUGGACUCUUGGACCAAGGCCAAUACUUUUUCAAAUUGAUGAGGGACUACAACAUAGAACCUCAGAUUUCACAUUAUGUUACUAUGGUUGAUCUUCUUGGUCGAGCUGGUCAUCUUCAUGAAGCCAAGAGGUUUAUAGGAGAAAUGCCAAUCAAACCCACUGCAGCUGUUUGGGGAGCCUUGCUUGGCGCAUGUAGGAUGCAUAAGAACAUGGAGUUGGGCACUUAUGCUGCUGAACGUGUUUUUGAGCUUGAUCCCCAUGAUUCAGGACCCCUUGUCUUGCUCUCUAAUAUUUAUGCCUCUGCUGGUAGAUGGAGUGAUGCUGCUAAAGUGAGAAAAAUGAUGAAAGAGAGCGGGGUAAAGAAGGAGCCUGCCUGUAGUUGGGUGGAAAUUGAGAAUACACUCCAUGUGUUUGUGGCAAAUGAUGAUGCCCACCCGCAGAUAGAGGAAAUCCGUAAGAUGUGGGAGGAGAUUAGUGUGAGGAUCAAGCAAAUCGGAUAUGUCCCGGACACCAGCCAUGUGCUUUUCUAUAUGGACCAGCAGGAGAGGGAAGUAAAGUUGCAGUACCACAGCGAGAAGCUUGCGCUGGCAUUUGCACUUCUCAACGCUCCUCCUGGAUCCACAAUUCGUAUCAAGAAGAAUAUCAGAGUUUGUGGUGACUGCCAUUCAGCAAUUAAAUUUGUGUCGCAAGUGAUGAGAAGGGAAAUCAUUGUAAGGGAUACCAAUCGAUUCCAUCAUUUCUAUGAUGGCUCCUGUUCUUGUGGUGACUACUGGUAAUGCAGGUGGUUAUUACGAACCAAAAAUGAAUGUUGAUAUGGAUGCUGGUUCUUGACCCAUCACCGAUCUCUGUUUCGAGCUUACGAGUAGACAGAAUGUUGACAUGACCUUGUUCUCCGGCUUUGCAAUGAAAAUAAGUCGGUGGUUAAGCAAGUCCUGUCCUGACAUGAUGAUAUUAUAGGACGCAAAAUUCAAGGGAAAAGGACGUCUGUUAGACCAUAAAAUGAGAUGGUUAUUAGAUUCGGACUCAACCGCUCGAGGUAGAGUGAAACUUCAUACGUGCCCUUAACUGUCAAGUACAGAUAUAGUUAAUUGCUGAAAGCUCAAUAAUGUUUAAAAGCAAAUGUGGAAACCCAGGAUAAUCAUCUGAAAGGUGGUUAGAUGUUGGAUAAAAUAGGGUCCUUCACUUUGAAAGUAAAUCAUCAAAGUGAACUAUGCAAUUUCCUAUACUGGUGAUGAAUUUGAAUACCAUAUCUGGAGUUUUACAUCUGUAGCGGUGAUAUGAAUAGGAAGCUAAGCGGAAAAUUGUGGACUCGCCAGGAUGGGAAAAUAGAUAAGG